AUGUCAAUAUUACAAGAUGAAAGACUUGAUAAUUUCAUAAAUUUAUUAAAAAUAAUCAGAAAAAAUAAAAAAGAUAUAUUAGAAUUAUUUAAAAGUCAAGGAAUGUUCAAUCAACUUUUUGAAUUUGUCGAGGCUAAUUUGAAAAGGAUCCAGCCAGAAAAGAAAAAAUCGGAAAAGAAAAAUGCAAAAUCUGUAGGUCUUGAAUGCUUGGGAAGGGAUGGGGUCAUGCUUGGGCAGGGUGGGGUCAUUCUAGGGUACGAUAUUACGUCUGGUUAGACAUCCCUCCGUUAAUGGGAGUUAAUUCCAUUUAAUUCCCAAUUCUACUGAUAACGGGGAAUUUUAAAUUCAGGGACGGAGACGGGGGCUCUUGGGAGACUUCCUUGAUGAUGGGGAUCUUGGGAGACUUCCUUCCAGAAUGCCGUGAAGAAGAUGGAACUCUUUACUUAACUCGGGGACGUG